UGAGUGUGCAAAAAUUGUCUGCAGCCGUUUCGGUUAAAUAGGCUUGGUACGGACUAGAAGACCGUUGAUGAAUGAACAAUAAUCCUUUUUGCUUCUUUAUUGCACAGCUAUGGCCAUGUUUCAAGUUUCUAUGGUGACAGACAUUUUAAACAGUUUGAACAAUAGGGUUCGAGUGGCUCCAUAGCCUGUUUUUACAGUCUGGUUUCAACCACAGGAGCAACUGCAAGACUGAUAAGGAUUUUCAAAUGUUCCUGAAACUAUGGCUGCAAGUUCUAAAGCAACUGAUUUCUCACACAGUGAUUCUCUUCAAAGACAGGUGGACUUUGAGGGAAUGAUUUCAGAAGGCUUGGUAAAGAUCCCACAUGGACUAAUACAAGCUAAAUCUAGAGAUCAAGAUUUCCCUGGUGAAGACUCAAAUUAUGAAAUUAUUAAUCAUUUUUCUAAGUUCUCUAAAGGAUCUUGGGCUUAUCUAAAGAACCACAGGAGUAUGUAUAAUGAUUUAGACAAGCAAACAAUGGGAUUGAUGCAAGAUGUCUUAUCCAGAAGAGAAAUGAGAUAUAAUGAUAGUGGAAUCUAUACCUUAGGGCUUAAGGUCUUGACAGCAAUAUCAACACAUGCAAAUACUGAACAUUUAGACUUGGAAAACUUGGACCGGAGUGCUGGAAGAAUCUCCUAUUCACCACAGAGCUGUGCAAAUCCUUCAGAUGUAAAAAAUGCAGUGUCGGUUUCUUCAAGUGACAAGGGAUGCAACAUUAAAGGGACACCACCUGAAUUUAUUGGAGUUUUGAAAGAAAAGCUCCAACAAAAAGACAUGGAAAAUCAACAGAUUGGUCGAUUACUCCUCUUAAAACACCAUGAGCUGAUUGAAAUUUCAAAGCUAAGGGAAGUGGAGGCUCAGCUAAUGAAGGAAAAGCUGAAAUGUGAAGAACGGAAGCAUUUUGAGAUUACCAAGACAUGUAACCACAUUGUAGAGGAGUUGAGAGAGCAACUUAACAUGGCCAAAAGCAAAAAUGAACACUUUGUUGGGCAGCUCAGGGCAAUUCUGGAGAAAUAUGAACGACUUAAAUGUCAUGCUGAUGGCUUUAAGAAACAUCUCGCAGAAGAACGUACAUGGAGAAAGAGUCUUCAAAAAGCAUUAAAGAAGACGCAACAGAUGACUGACGAGUUAUUAAUGAAUAAGACUCUCUUGGAGGAACAGAGGGAUGCUGCAAAGCAAGAGUACUCUAAAGUCAUGAAGAACAUGAAGACAAUGGAGGAACAACACAACAAACUUGUAAAGGCUGUACAGAGACUUGAAAGUGAGAGAUCAUCUAUGAGAGGUGAGUCUAAGAAGCUUAAAAGUCAGUUAAGUAAUAAUCAGGAAGAGAACCAGAGGCUUAGUCAAGCACUUUAUUCUGAAGAGCUGGAAAAGAAACAAGCUGAAGAAAGGGUACAGGAAUCUCAAAAGCUGGUAAAACAAUUGUAUGAGAAACUUAAUGACUGUAAAAUGCAAAAAACAACCGCUGAGGAACAGCUGGCCACAAUGAAAAAUGAAUUAAAAUUAAUUCAUGACCAGUAUAAAGGGAAGACACUUCAGCUACAGGAGCAACACAAGUCCUAUAAAGAACAGUUAGAAGCUAAAGGAACAGAGUGUGAGGCUUUAAGUGAAGUCGUCUCCAAGUUGGAAAAAGACAAGCAUGUAAUUCAAGAGGAGCUGCAGUGCCUGCAAAAAGAAAAGGCAAAGUCUGAGUUUGAGAACAAAAGAAUGAGAGAGGCUGUGAGUCUGUUCGAGCAUGAGAGAAAGCUGCUUCUGGAUGAAAUGGGAGACUUGAGAAAGGAUUACUUUAGUCUCAGUGAUCGCAUCACACAGAGACUUGAACAAAUGGAAGAGACCGAUGUACCCAUGUGCAUCACAGACAUUUCAUCCAGUCAUCAAAUCGAAGCAUCCAAGACAAAUAACACAGCUUGGCAAAUCACACCAAAUAUGGACAUGAUCGAGCACAUAAGGAGGAAAUUGGAGGAAGAAGAAAACAUCCAGCAAAAGUGGUGUUCCAGAAACACCUAGUCUUUCAUUGUUUUUUGCAAGACACGUGCAUGUUUGUUUUGUUAAUAUGCAACAAAAUAGGUAAUUUGAAGGCAUACAUUUUUUUUUUUUUUUUUUGCUGCAUGUUUGUCACACUUUAAUGUUUCAGUUCAAGGCAAGA